AAUCGUCGGCAAGUUGAAAUUGGCGCUUGCAGUACUGUUCGAACAACAGCAUCUGAGUUCCCUAAAGAACUGAAGAUAGAUAAGAAACUUCGACUUGACUGGGAUGUAUGUUCUGGUGUUACAGUAAAUAGAGUGUUGGCUGUGUUUUGGCAGGACAAUGGUCUGGUUACAAUGCUGUCAACAAUUCACGGUCUUGUUGGUGAACAUUGGGAAGUUGAACGUGAAAGACGGCGGCCGAGAGAAACAAGCACCAAUGCGGCAAAA